AUGAGCGGCGCAAGUACCGGCCCCAUCCUGCCGGUGAUCAACGUCCCGGUGCGGUAUGAGGAGGAGCGAGACAAGAUCCAAGAUUUUCUGCAGCAUUUCAAGGCGCCCCUAGACCAAGUGCCGCCACUCUCGGACGUCGGCACGACACAGGCAUCGUCGAUGCCAGACGAGACACGGGCGAUGGAUAUCGAGGAAGACGCGGCGCCGGACGCCAUGGUGAACAAGUAUAUGAUACAGUUGCAGCGCAUAGCGAAUCGUGAUCAAGAAAUGAUCGUGAUUGAGCUGGACGAUAUCGCGCAGUUCUCGUCCACGUCGGGCUUCGUGGGAGGCGCGCUCGUAGCGUCGAUCCAGGCCAAUACCAAGCGCUAUGUGAAUUUGUUCUGUGACGUGAUCGAUCGCAUCAUGCCGGACCCUAGUCGUGAUAUCUCGGACAAGGACGACGUGCUGGACGUGAUUCGGCACCAGCGUCUGGAACGCAAUGCCCUGAACGAGCAGCACGAGGAGAGUAUGGGCGAAGUGGCAGAGACGUUCCCACCGACCUUGCUGCGGCGAUACAUGCUGUAUAUACGGCCACUUUCGCGCUCGACGCCGUCGCUGGCGGUUCGAUCGAUUCGCGGCGCGCAUCUCGGCAAGUUGUUGAGUGUGCGUGGCGUCGUGACGCGCAUUUCGGAUGUGCGUCCAUCGAUCCUCGUGGAUGCGUAUGCGUGCGAUGUGUGUGGUGCCGAAGUGUUCCAGGAGGUCACGGGGCAGCAGUACAUGCCGCUGACGUUUUGUUCGAGCCGCGUGUGUGCGACGAACAAGGCGCGAGCGCCGCUGUACCCCCAGGUCCGGGCGAGCAAGUUUUUGGCGUACCAGGAAAUUCGCAUCCAAGAAAUGACGGACCAGGUGCCGGUGGGCCACAUUCCACGGUCGAUGAGUGUGCACUUGUAUGGCCGCCUGACGCGGCAGGUGAGUCCGGGGGAUAUUGUGCAGGUGGGCGGCAUCUUUUUGCCGCAGCCCUACACGGGCUUUCGGGGCAUUCGCGCGGGUCUGUUGACGGACACGUUCCUCGAGGCGCAAUCGAUCCAGCAGUUGAAAAAGACGUACGAGGCGAUGGAGCCGACGCCUGAGAUCGAGGCGGAGCUCGAUGCGCUGCGGGCCGAUCCGUCGCUGUACCACCGGCUUGCCUCGAGUAUUGCGCCCGAGAUCUACGGCCACGAGGACAUCAAAAAGGUCCUGCUGCUGCUGCUGGUGGGCGGCUGUCACAAGACCAUGGGCGACGGCCUCAAGAUUCGUGGUGACUUGAACGUGUGCCUGAUGGGAGAUCCUGGUGUGGCCAAGUCGCAGUUGCUGAAAUACAUUGCCAAGGUGGCGCCGCGGGGGCUGUACACGACUGGCCGCGGCUCGUCGGGCGCGGGUCUGACGGCUGCUGUGCUGCGCGACCCAGUGACGGAUGAGAUGGUGUUGGAGGGGGGUGCGUUGGUGCUGGCCGACAAUGGCAUAGCGUGCAUUGACGAAUUUGACAAGAUGGAGGAGUCGGACCGCACGGCGAUCCACGAGGUCAUGGAGCAGCAGACGAUUUCGAUUUCCAAGGCGGGCAUCAACACGACGCUGAAUGCGCGAACGUCGAUCUUGGCGGCGGCGAACCCGCUGUAUGGCCGCUACAAUCCACGGGUCUCGCCUGUGGACAAUAUCAAUUUGCCGGCGGCGCUGUUGAGCCGUUUUGAUAUCCUGUACCUGAUCCUGGACACGCCGUCGCGAGACGACGACGAGCGCCUGGCGGAGCACGUCACCUAUGUCCACAUGUACAACGCGCCGCCCGUCCAGGCGCAGGAUGUGGUGCCGCCGCAUGUCCUGCGGCACUUUUUGGCGGCGGCGCGGCAGUGUCGUCCGACGAUCCCGCGUGCCGUCUCCGACUUUCUCGUGAAUGCGUACGUCCAGAUGCGUGCGCAGCACAAGCACGACGAGGAGCGUGACGAGGCCUUUACGUAUACGUCGGCCCGCACGCUGCUGGGCAUGGUGCGCCUGUCCCAGGCCCUGGCUCGGCUGCGCUUUGCGGAUGUGGUCGAGACGUCCGAUGUCGAAGAGGCGCUGCGCCUGAUGGACGUGAGCAAGGCGUCUCUGUACACGUCUGCGCGCCGGCGUGGCGAUCUCUCGUCGCGCGACCAGAGCUAUGUGUCCAAGAUCUUUCGGCUGCUUCGCGAUAUGGCCGUGCAGUCGGGCCGUGAUGAUCCAUCGCGCGCGAACGCCGCGGGCCUCGGUGAGCUGGCGCUCUCUGACGUGCGUGCGCGUGCCAUCGCGGCCGGGUGGGUCGAGGACCAGCUGCACGAGACGCUGCUGGAGUACAGCUCGCUCAAUGUCUUGCAUGUCGUCGGGCAGCGCAUUGUAUUUGCCUAG